AUGAUUAGAAGGGCUAAUGUUAUGUGUUGCUUUGGGUCUGAUCUUUUGGGGAAAGAUCGAAAGCAAAGGGCUCAACCCGGGUUUGAUCGUCCUUCUUGUCAUUGGAGGGUUGCUAGUGACGUUCCUUGUAGGAAACUUCAUUCUCUACACAUACGCGCAGAAGAACUUGCCUCCGAGGAAGAAGAAGCCGCUUUCUAA